AUGUCUGGAGUACGCCCAUUUCCUCGGAAGACUGCCGCCGCAAUCGCUGUGGUUGGUGUAGUUGGAUUAUGUGCUUCUCGAAAGGCUUCUCUCCGCAAUGAAGCAUUUGCGGAGUCUCCAAAGCCUUGCGGUGGUCCUAGGGGUCCUGGAAGUCGCGGUGCCCCCAGUGGAAGAAUGGGAUUCCAUACUCUGCGCCUGGAAAGUUCCCAACAAGUGAACGAUAACACCAAACGCCUGCGCUUUCAACUACCGGACCCAGCCUCGAACGCCGGUCUUUCCUUGGCCUCGUUCAUCCUUACGUUUCAUAAGCCAAAGGACGCUUGGUUUCCCGUAAUUAGGCCAUAUACCCCAAUUAACAACUUCGAUGAGCCGGGUUAUAUUGAGCUUCUAGUCAAAAAAUAUCCUAAUGGCAGGGCAAGCGGAUACUUGCACUCUCUCCAACCCGGUGAUGAGCUGAAUAUCCGAGGACUUAUGCGGGGCUACAAAUGGCAAACCAAUGAGUUCGAACAUGUCAAUCUCAUUGCUGGUGGUGCUGGCAUCACUCCAAUGUACCAGCUGAUCCAAGGGAUGUUGAACAACCCCGACGACAGAAGCAAGAUCAAGUUGAUUUUUGGAGUCAACACAGACAAAGAUCUUGUCAUGAAGAAAGAACUUGAUGCGUUUGUGCAGAAGUUCCCCGAUCGUCUCAAGAUUGUCUACAGAGUCUCAGACCCAGUUGAGGGAUCCCCGUUCACUAAGGGCAGGGUAACCAAGGAGUUACUGGAGAAGGAAUUGCUGGGCCCGAAAGAUAGCAAGGCUACCAAGGUCUUCCUGUGUGGGCCUCCUGCUAUGGAGGCGGCGAUUUUUGGAAGUAAAGGGUGGAUUUCAAGUCAGAAGGGAAUACUAGAAGAGCUUGGCUAUGCUAAGGACCGGGUUCACAAGUUCUAG